UGUUUGCGCCAGGUUACCCUCUUUAGCUCAAGCGAAUUGCUUUCAGUGGGGCCUCCUAGACUGAGGGCAGGCAAGCCUGAUGAAUUAUUUACUCACUUUAGAUCUCAACAAGACCGGAAUUGCAAACUGCUUAUAAGUUCAUGCUCAGUGAUUUCAUCUGUAAUCCUUGAUUCUGUCUCUGCUAUGUUACUGAAUGAUGCUGCUCUGUUGUUCAGUUGAUAGGGAGGCUGUUUUGGGAGCUUAGUCUACUUGGGAGACUAACCUGUUAGAUCAACAAAUGACCUCUGGGCACCCUCACAAAAUGGCUGCCACAUUGGACCACGGUGUAGCCAAUCAUUUCAUGCUCCAUGGUUGGGAGACAAUAAGAUGAGGUUACUUUUUGUUAUUUCUGGCCAGCUUUCUCCCUGCUAUUGUUCCCCAUCUUAGCUUUGUUUUAUUUUUAUUAUUUUCUCUACCAUCGGUCUCAGCAAAGAAAUAUCCUGAAAUUCCCAAGCUUUUUGUUGUUGCUGUUAUCUGAAGAUUAUUAUGGGCCCGAGUAGGAUCUGGUGGCAUUUAUGUAAAAAAACAAAAGCUUUGCUUGGCAGUAGCAGUACCCCCUAUUUAUUUACUUAGCGUAUUCUGCUUAACUAAAGGAAUUUUAAAAAAUAAUAAUUGAGGUGGUGCAGACAUUGGCAGACAUAAUGUGUCAGUGGGUAUGAAAUCAUUUUGUUAGGAUGAAGGAUAUGGUGUCCAUGAUUUCAGUCAAAUUCCAAUCAAUUUUGUCUGGGUUAGGAAAAAGUUGAGAAAAGAGUUUAUUUGAAAAGAAAACAGGAGAAGAAGUGAAAAACUUCAUUCUCAGAUGGAGACUAUUGUUAGAUUCACAUGCAGUCUGUGUCUUUGUUAAUUGAGAUUAAUUGAUAUUUAAUCAGUAAAUUGCUGAACAUUGUUGAUGUGAAUUUUGGACUGGAGUCAUUCUAAUUAAAAUGAUCUGAUCUGAUCCUCUCUCUUUAUCCUAUGAGCAGGAACAAUUUUUAAAUGAUAACAAUUAGCUGAUUAUUUAUUCUAUCUCAUGCUUCUUCUCUUUUGUCCUCAGUCAAGUCAUUGGUUAUUUAUAUGCUGGAGUACAGAGUGGCUUCAUAGCAUAAGAAUCUAGAACAGUGUUUCUCAACCUUGGCCAACCUUUAAGAUGUGUGGUCUUCAACUUCCAGAAUUGCCCAAGCAGGUGGCCAAGGUUGGGAAAUACUGAUCUAGAAGGUUCUAGAUUGGUUUAUAGUUUACUAGACCAGAAAGUUUGGGUUAUAUUUUAUUGAAUAAAUCAUUAUUGGUUGACCAUGUACAAUAAGAGGACUGUAUCUACACCUAGCACAUUUAACUUGAUUAUUUAAUUAAUCCAUAGUUUGAUUUUGCAAAUUAUGUAAACUAACCAUCUGAAUUAAAUUUGGACAGCACAAGGGGAAUAAAAAAAUGAAUCAUGAUUAAUAUUAUUUAAAUUUAGUAUGUGGUGCAAAUGCACCCAUUUGGUUUUUAGCUGACCCAAUUAAGCUGACAUCAAGUCAUGGUUUAAUAUACCUCCAUGGGUUUGUCUGCAUAAUAAACAAAUUCAAACCCCAGCAAACUAUGCUAAUGUGAUGUAUGGUUAUCAAAAUGGAAACCCACUGCAAGAAUAAUAUUGAAACACGCAUGCCUGCCACUCACUUGAAUGGAGCACGCGCAUGCUUGCCCACUGUUCACGCAAUUGAGGAUGUGCGUGGGCAUGCGUGCUGGCUGGCCAUUUCCACAGCCUGGUUGCAAACCCCAACAGCCCACAAGUUGGGGACCCCUGUGCUAAACACAGAAAAAGAAUAAGAAAUAGCAAGUCAAAGAAGUUAUAGGCAUGAAACUGGAAAAGGAAAAGGAGAUAGAGCUAUAUCUAAAUACAUUUAAAGGAAAUAUAGCUACAUCUAAAUAUAUUUAAAUAGAGGCAAGAGGAAGAUCAAAGAAAUCAAAAUGGCAGGUGCAACUAUGUGAUUGAAUCUCUGCUGUCCUAUAAAUGCCUCUGAGUUUAAGCCAACAUCCUUCACUAUACCUCCACUAUCAUAUCUUUCGGCCUUCCUUAACUCCAUUAUAUUCAUACACUGCUUUUCUUUAUCUUUUUGAGGUUCUCCUCAACUCCAUCCAACCUUGAAUUCCUCUGCCUUUCUGUCCCUCUCAACUCAUCCAAUCUUCCUUAAUUUGUUUUCCAGUUUGAUCCUUGUUCAUUCUCUCCAUACAUGACCAAACCAUCACAACAUAUUCAUUUUGCACUGGCCAUUCUCUUUUCUACUUAAUUCACGUGAAUUCAGCACUCACUCAUUCUUGACCUUAUCUCUUCUUCACAUGCACUUCUUAAAAAUCCCAUGCUAACUACAUUUACCCAACUGAAAUGCUCAUGUUUCUCUCUUCUUAUAAUGGUUUGAUAAAGGGGAAGAUACCAUAGACAUUGUUUAUCGUUUCAACUUUUGCCGCUGAAGGCAUUGUAGGGGCUGGCCAUCCAAUGAUAGAUUCCUCUUGUUAUGUGACUGCUCUUUCAUCUCUGCAGGAAAGAUCUUCCACAGAUACCAUCAAUUAACAGUUCUGUUUGAUGGGCUCCGCUGAAAGCAGGCUCACUCUGCUACCCCCUGCUGUAGAAUACACUCACUUGGCUGCGUCUGCACAACACACUUAACUGGCUCUGUAACCAACUUAUUGGUUGCAUUCACACAGUAUGUUAAUCUUGGCAAUUUUCACCUGGAUUAUUUUUUUUUCCUGGUUUAGUGUUCUGCAUGCAUCCUGGCCAUCGAGUUAAUUGGACAACCAUUUGUCUGAAAUGGUAUAGAGUUUCCUGCCUGAGCAGGGGGUUGGACUAGAGGACCUCCAAGGUCCCUUCCACCUCUGUUGUUCUGUUCUUAACUACAUGUACUUUAUUUAUUUGUAACUCAAAGGAGUGAAUCAGUAUAAGGUUAAGCCCUGUACAAACAAACUCACUGUAGAGUUCUCUUUUAGUUAGUUGGAAUUGUGCUUUUGAAACUUGGUUUCAGCGGUUUUCAUAUUUUUAAGAUAACAUGUUAUGAAACUAAUUGCAGGCUUUAAUGCUUUGUGAUAUAGCAACAGCAAUUACUAGCAGUGUUCACAGUCAUCCCAAUAGUUAAAACUAGGGGUUCCAUCCACACACAACGUGGGAAGCUCAGUUAGAAGUCAUCUUGGUUAGAUUCUCCUUAACGUGUUGUGUGAAUUCAGCCUCUUUUGCUAGUUUGUAAUUGGGUGUUUUUCACAAGUCCAAAAAAUGGGCUAAUUCAAUAAGGCUGCUGAAUGCAGUGCUAUGUUUAUUUCUAAAUCUGGUCAAUCUUUGACAGCCUCUUAUGUGCAGAACUGGGUAAGGUUCUGGAUGCCUGCACUACACAUGGUCCAUUCAGGAAAAAUAAUGCAAAUUAUAUUUUCUGGCUGCAAGGUUUGUUCCUAACGAACAGAAACUGGAUGGAUCGUGCCACUGAUGCCCCCCCCCCCCCCAGCCCUCAACCCCAAGGCCAGAUUCAGGGGAUGAUUUGGUAAUUGGGAAAUGUUUUACCCCAUUUUCUAAUUUCAUGUUUUUUAAUCAUGUUUUUGGAAAUAGAGAUAUCUGGUUUCUUCUCUGCCUGUCCAGCCAAUGUUUCAGGAAUCAGAUAAAAGAGAGGCUGCAAUAUUAUCUUUUUUUUUAAUUCAAUUUGUUUUUAAGACCUUUUUCCCCCUAAAAAAAGAUGCCCAACUUGACCUAGUGCCUUGGUCAUCUACCUCUUUCACCUUGAUGGACAACCCCCCCCCCUCAAUUGUUCCUAGAUAUUUGCUGUUGGCUGAAAAAAGUCCAGCAUUCCAACUCAGGCAGAGCAAAUGGACAGUUUCUUUUCAUUCUGGCUUCUUCUCCUCCUCCUCUUUUUCUACUACAUUUCUGAGCUCCACUGCACCUGGUUUGUGCUUUGUGGUAAGGCGUGGGGGCCCUGUGGUUUCCGGUUGCUGUUGUGCACUCCUUGUCUCAAUGCUGGGGCUGUUGCACAAUCUCACAUUAUACUUUCAGAGGCUGGUGUACCCACCCACCCACCUCGCUCCUGAGAUUCCCUGGAAAGGGCAAAGAAUGGAGCGCCCUCAAACCCAAGAGGAGCCAUGAGCCUACAAUCCAAGGAGCAGAAGAUAUUUUGUGCCACUCAAUCUUUGGGAUUUGUUUACCCGCAAGAAAUUUCUCCAAACCAGCCAUCCCAUAAGAGACCACUGCAAAGCGAUAUGGAGUCUGGGCCAGAAAGUUGGAGGGAUAACCCGGUACAAAUGGUCCCUGCUGGAGCAGAGAUUGAAGGAACAGACUUUUUGGAAGAGUACAGGAAGAUUUUCCAAGAUGAUUUUGGUGACAUAGGUUCCUGGUUUCUACCAGAAAAUGAAAUGGAGCAGCAGCUGCCAAGCUGGACUGGCGGAAGUUACCUUGCUGAACUGGAAGGUUUUGAGAAGGCGAUGCCAUGUCAUGAACCUUUUGGCUUAAAAGGCUUUCCUGAGUACACCAAGACCAUCGUGGAAUUGAAGCAAGUUUCUUCUGAUCCAGACUACAGAGAACCGUACCAUGGUGCUUCUAGAAUGGUGCUCCAACAAGACAGUGUCCCCCACAGCUUCGAGGGCUCCAGCUGCCCCCCACCAGUUCCUCAGCCUUGGUUCGUUCUGUAUUCUGAUUCUCCUGGAGAACAGGUGUCUUCUGCACAGCUUCCUCCGGGGGAUCAGCAAGAACAGCGGAAGGAAGAACCUUGGAUUGAGUCCCUUGGUCCCGAUUCAGGCAGCCAAUCCAGUGCCUUGGACAGCGACUCUUGUCAAUGUGAUUCACCAGUCAGGAGCCAGAAAAAAAGGGAACACAGAGACCAGACUGAUAGCAGGAACACCAAUACUUUACCUAGAGAUCGGGCAGGGGCCGGGCCCAUCCAGUUAUGGCGUUUUCUGCUGGAGCUGCUCCAAGAUGGCUCCUGUCAAGCCCUCAUCCGCUGGACAGGGAACGGCUGGGAAUUCAAGCUCUGUGACCCACACGAGGUGGCCAGGCGCUGGGGCAAACGCAAGAACAAGCCCCGCAUGACGUACGAGAAACUGAGUCGGGGGCUGCGCUAUUAUUACCACAAGAACAUCAUUCACAAGACUAGUGGCCAGCGCUACGUCUACCGCUUUGUUUGCGACAUUCAGGGUCUCCUGGCUGAAUUGGAUAACAAGUUGCGGAUUUAGCAUGCAACCGUCUUAAGAGAACCUUUUCUUCAUUCCUUACGCACCCAAAACCUCAGAAGGGCUCAGAAGAGCUAGCAGGACCGGCUUCUUUGGAGAAGACUCUGCUUCCUUUAAGCUAUGCCUAAAACGAGGGUGUGAGAACUGGCUGGCUGUGGGCUGCAGAGUAGGGGGGGGCAGACCCUCUCUGGAUUGGGCAGGGCAAAAAAUAGUGGGGGGGGGAGUUGGGGGGGGGAGUCUUGCUUUUGUGGGAUAGGUAAAAAUACCCCCCCCCCCAAAAAAAUAGAAUUCGGGUCUUGAUUCUAGCUUUAGAGAAGACAGGCAGGGAAGCAGCCAAUCACACUGGCUAAAAGUAUAGAUUAGCAGAAGUUUGGCAAAUAAAGGCAUGGCUGUUACUCCUCUUGAUUGAAGGAGUGAGAACUAGCAAGUUUUGAACAGCAUUAAAUAUCUGGAUUUUCAUAGGCGUUUUGGAGGAGGACUGCCAUUUCUGAGGCUAUCUGCUCUCCCUCACACACACCCCAUCCCCUCCUUCUCCUUUAGCCAUUAUUAAACCAUUUAAAACAGGGCUCUGCCUCUUGAAAGAAGAAAAAGAGGUUCUCCAUGGUGGCUUCAACUCCUUCUGGGGAGGGGGGGGAAAUGGCCCCCUUCCUAAUUGCUUUUAAGCAGGCCUUAAGUAUCUGCGUCAAUCUGUGCCUUCAUAAGGAAAACGAUGAGCUGGCUCUUUAAACAGUCGCUGCUGUUCAGAGGGCAAAAUUAUAUCCAUCUCAAUCAGGAAACUUUUGGAAAAUGUAGACUUUGUUUUUGUUAUACUGAUUGUAAAUUACAUUCAUUCUGAAAGUUGGCAUAUAAAACCUGAAAUAAACUAAAAAAAACAUG